AUGGUAAAACCAUACGACUAUACCACGGCACGCGUCAUCGUGGUAAGCAAUAGCACACUUGAGACAACAAGAAAACAACCACUCUUGGAAACUGACACGACCCUGGCAAUCGUCUACAUUGCUAUGAUGGGAAUCGCUAUCCUGAUUGGAACCUGUGGAAACACAUUGAUUCUCCUUGUUUCGACCGUAAUGAAAGGGAUAAAUAAAUCGGGAAAAGAAUUUAUUAUCAACUUGGCCAUUGCAGACAUUUGUGUUACAGCCAUUGCAGAACCUCUAUGUAUAAUAGGUGUUGCCAAAGGAGAACGAUUUUUUGACAACAAAAUGUGGAUGUGCGCCUUUGUAGCCAGCAUGUGUCUAACAGCCUGUUUGUGCGCCUUCCUGAGCCUCACACUUCUUACGCUGUCCCGUUAUGUGUAUAUCUGUCAUAACCAUCUGUACGACAAAUUUUUUAACCGAGUUUCCUGCAUCAUUAUGUGUUUUUGCUGUUGGUUGACUGCCUUCCUUUUCGAUAUUCCCAAUUUCACUGGUUGGGGAGGGCAUUAUUUUGACCAGAAAAACCAUCAGUGUAUUUGGGAUCGCACUGCAAGUUUGUCUUACACCAUGCUUAUCUAUGCUGGCUUGAUUGGACCGUUUGUUAUCAUGGCUAUUUGUAACUUGCGAAUAUUUCAACAGAUUUGGAAAACCAAAAGAGAUCUAUACAAACUCGAUUCGGACAAUCCUCUGCGAAUGAGAAAGGUUUGGAACGAAACUAUUCGCUCGUCCAAAACAUUGUUCUGCAUUUUUAUUGCUUUCAUUGUUUUGUGGACGCCAUACGCUACCACAGUGCCUUUUGAUGCAGGGAACAAUCUUUCUACUGAAACUCACCUCUUUUUCACUCUUCUAGCACAUUUUCAUUCAAGUGUCAAUUUUAUUAUAUACACCACAGGAAAUAAGAGAUUUCAAAAAGGAAUCAUGCGUUUAAUUGGUUGCAGAUCCUCUAUGAAAUCAAAAUCCACUUCCAAUCCCGUGGAGACCGCAGAGAAAACUAGAAGGUCGUCUUCGACACUCACUUCUUUUACCACUAUAUCUAUUAAAUGUGUUCCUACCAAUCAGAAAAGAGCGAUGAACACUCUUUCUACAACAAGUAGUAUCUAAAGUAAAACUGAGAACGAGGUUUUUUCAUUUAGAUGUAAUGUUCUAUUUUAAGUUAUCCUAAUGAUAUUUUGAUGUCCUCCAGCUGUCCGUUGUCAUCAGUCUUUUGAAAAUGUUAAUUCUUUUAACUUCUCUAAAAUAUGAUUUUAUUAUUAACCGUAUAAACACUCAACAAAACUUCAAAGUGUUCACCCUAAUAAAUAGAAUGAUUUUGAAAUUACAAAAUAAAACUAUGUAAAA